AUGUCUAAUUGGAGGGAGCUUGGAGUGAUACCAGAUUCCGAAGAUGAAGGUGAUUACUUUGUCGAUGAUGAAUUACCUCUAUCACACACGCAAACACCAGUCAUAACCUCCGUUUCCAAAGCCCAAUACGCAGAAAGUAUUUGGGAUGUCCCUGAAUCUGACGAUGAUGGCCAAGCCGACACCCCCAUUCCGGAGGCCCCUCCAUUAUCGCCGAGGCCAAGUUUACGAGAAAGGCCCGAGCCUGAGACUACAACCAUCCCGUUUACCUUAGCCGAAGACAUCUCUCAGAACCAGGUACAACCAUUCCCUCUGAACAAUCCAGAGACAAGCUCUCCCUUUCUCGUACCUACAUUUAACGAGGUAGCUUCUCACAGCAGCCAAAACGCCGAGGACAUCAGCAGCUCCGGAGUCGCAGAUGCAACUUCGUCUGGGAAUAACGACUUGGCCUCAACGCUUUCGACAUCCCAUCAAAGACCGGCGAUACCUGGAGGUGAUGGUAUUCACCACUAUGCUACGGACUGGGAAGGGACAGUGGCCGCGGCUGGUCACAGACGAUCCUUGCGGCCUCGAACACUGAUCCAAGAACAUCCAUAUGCCAUUGAUCUUGCGCGCCAUAGCAAUGAUUUCAGGCAGCAUGGACUUAUACCAGUGAAGAUGGUAGUUGGUACGGAAAAGGGCCUGCUACCAAGAGCAUCACAGGAUGGAGAUUUUAACCUGGACAGCCAAAAUGAUGAUCUGCCGCCAGCAUCCAACAACACAGAGGCUAGCAGCUUCACUGCCUCCAUGCGAGAGCGUCAUACGCCAGAUGUUAAUCCACCUUGGUCGAAUGCUCCCCAACAUGAUGGCCGAGCUGCCAGCAACAGUUCAGCUAGCUCGCCGACGAAUGUAGUCGAUGAUGAUGCCUUCGACCAAGACUUACCAGACUUGAGUCAGCUCCUGAAACGGAAUUUGCAGACCGGGAAGACGAACAAGAGGAUGCGACAAGCGUCUCAAAUCCAGCCCUUGGCCCAGAGAAUCAAAAGGCGAGGCAUUAUCUAUAGUGAUUCGCCGGAACCCAACUCUGCCGUUGGUCGAAUAUCAAGGUCUCCCAGCCCUUCUGUAGAAUGGCCAGAUUCAAAUGCUCAGCAGACUGUACCUGUAUCAUCUCAAGAGCUCGGCAGUCAAAAUAGAUAUGGCCAACAAAGGAAACGAGAAACGUCAGAGACUACUAGUGAAGCCGAGGGUGAUGUACACCAAGCAGUCACUGAAUUCAGGCGUCGUAUUCGGGGUGUCCUUCCUGCUUCCUGGCUUCGACUAGAUCAGCAAACGAGUAAAAAGAGCUCUCACCACGUUGUCAAGAAGAAUCUACAACAUCGGUUUCCCAAUCAACAACAGCGGGGAAUAGCUAUUACCAAGAAAGUAGCUCCUGAUUCCACUGCUUUGAACGAUGUUCCGAUGGAACUUGGUGAAGAGAGCCCAGUCCGGUAUACGGCAGAUGAUUUAUCUGAGCAUCAAUCUAGGAUAUCAUUCUCGCAUUCUCCAGAGCAAGAGAAUGAUGGAGCCGACGAGCACUCGGCUCUGGAAGAAGACCGUAUAGCCCCCAUGGUCAUUGGUAGCAAGCGUCAGCUCCAACUUCCCAGGAAUUUAAAAAGAAACAGGAAACGAGCCAAGGUGUCAAGCGGACCCCGGACUCAAUUUGCGCGGUCUCGUCCAAGACAGCAGGCUAUUACGGGAUUUUUUCAUUCUGAAAAGGACGAAUUGACUGGGUCAAUGACCGUCGAUCAUUUCUCGGAUGACUCUUUGUCUAUCCUUGAUACGAUAGAGCCGGAUGCUCCUAGAUUCAUACGCAUUGCUGCACGCUCUGCUAAACAAACUAUGAAUCUAGGACGUAGUAGCGUACAGCGGAAAACAAUCAGAUUGGCUACCAGGCAAGACCAGAUAGAUGCUAUGUCUGUUAUGGAGAAGUGGAAGUCAGGGUUGAUUGCACAGCGGCCUUCGGUAUCGGCAGCAAGCAAGUCCAAUCGAAGACGACGUCAGAGGACAAAUAUAGAUCAACACCUUUCAAAGGGGAAGUCAGCUUCCAGGAACACAUUCGGUAUAUUCAGAGGCAUUUCCCGCAAAUUUAUCAAGUAUCACGGUGAUAGUGGCACUAUUGGCUACCGACGAAACCAAUCACAUAACAGCACCAACAAAACCUCCAUAUCUACAUUAAGCGACAACACCCAUCUGCCUUCGCCUGCCUCAAGGGAAGCUCAGCUAGAAGUCGAUGAGAGAACUGGGGAAGCCAUCGUUUCGUUUCGCUCAAGGAAGAGGGCUCUAGAUCGUAUUUUUAACAAGCAAACGCCAAAAAAAUUUGCCUGGCAUCUAGCCGAAACUAAUAACACCUUGGCUCCUAGAUAUGGUGCCGCGGAAUCCAACAUCACAGAAUACACGCCGCCGCGUAUAUUCCAGGAACAAGAGCAAAAAGCAAGGCAGAUAAGGCCUCGAAAGAGGACCAGGCCUCGUCGAAUCGAUGUCACAGCACCUCAAUAUACCCAUGCUGCUGAUCCCCUGCCAGUGGAUGCUCCUAUUUUAAUUAAUGAUGUUCCAUCUGAAAAGAGCAAGCUCUAUGGCCUAGGUCCCUAUGGUACCCGAUACACCCAUCAUUUCGAGAUAUUUCCUCUCAUUCCUGAAGUCCAGCUUCACAAAUCAACAGUACUUGGCAAUGGCACUUUAAAGGCCUUCCUGAUCGAAGACUCACGCAUAAGAUUAUCCGACCUUCAUAGACAAAUCUCGGUUAGACUCAAUGACCAAAUUUUUAUUUGGAGCUCCUGGAAUCCUAAAGUGUCAUCCGAACUUGGAAUUCUAUUUGACUUAAUCGCUGAGCUACUGGAAGAUGGUCAGGAGAGGGGCCUCCGCGACGGCCGUCACGUUAUUGAUGCCGUCCAUUCUACUUUGGAAUACAUAGGAGGUAUCCUCGAUCCAGUGGCAUUGGAAUCUCAAAUUCCCCCUCUUAUACCGCGACUACAAGAAGUUUUUCGGGGUUUCAUCGAUCGAGUCAGUAUCGGGCUUGGGCAGGCUUCAUUUAACCAUGCUGCAAAUCGUCAACUUCUUCUGAAAAUACUGGAUAGGGUGUUUCUAAUGUCCUCUAUGAUGGUAAAACAUUGUCAAACCACAGCACAGCUCAUGGAUGAGCUUCCUGCUGCAGAACGGACGAUGUUAUUACUGGCAAAGUUGAUGAUUUCGGUCCUUCUCCGCUGCGGUACCAAUCAAAUCAAGCAAAUUUACAAAGAAUUCAGUCAACUCCAUUGCAGUGGCCGCAUGUUAGGGGAAAGUGCCGUCGAAAUGCAUUCAUGGAUUACGCUGAUCAAAUCUUUUGAGCAUGUAGGCUCACGACAAGUUUCUUUCUGGAAUGUAUUAGAAACAGCUGUCUUAAAGCCAGAAGUUCUCUCCAGCACAGACGCUCGUGAAUUUGAAAAUGUCUGGGAGAUAAUCUUCACCCUCCUCCCGCUCUUCGAGUUUGACGACACUGGGAAAGUAGUGGCUGAGAAACAACACAAGACGGGAAACGAGGGGUGGUCAAUGCCUCAAAAGCUUAUCCGUCGCGUCUUCCAGCUGUACCAGGAGAAUGAUCAGCAGGCUGCGAGCUUCAAUAGCUACUGCCGGGCUCUUAUUUCGCGAUGCCACUACCUAGUUCAACAAUGGGGUUGGCUUCGUAGCACGUCGGUUAUUGGAGUUAUCUUUGACUUCUUUGGGUCACGGAGGCUUGCGCAUCUCAGGAAUGAAGAAGUCUAUAGGUCACCGCAGUUCCUGGAGACUCUAGCCGAUAGACCAGUUCUUGAGGUUGAGGAGGACGACUACUGCUUUCAUAUAUUUCUGAAACUGCUUGCCAUAAGCAUUAAAAAGCUUGAAAAAUUUGGCUCAGAGAAGGACAUACGCAAUCUGAUAACUCGAACAAUACCAAAUCAUAGUCGAUUAUAUCUCAAGGAACAUAACAUUCAUGAGCGAGACUUGGCUGCUUUGAGAAAUCACCAUGAUCUCAUUGCUACUCUGUUCUGGGCGGCACCACCCGAUACCAGGCCUUCAGUGGCUCUCAUUGAAGGACUUAUUACUCCUGCUAGUUCUCAUAAAGAGGCAUGCUUAAUCAACAUUCGAUCAUGGGCUCAACUUUCGCGAUUUGUCGUUUCUUCUGGUGAGACAAAGGCGUCAUUUAGCCCUUUCAACCAAUGGAGAAAUACUUUCUUCCAGCAGAUGUUGGUGCAAUUCGGUGGUAUUGAAAAUGAUAUCAAUCAACAGUAUCUAACCUUAUCCAAGGAUAAGAGUACUUUUAUCACUCAGAAUGCUGUUGAGACCGCAAUAUCCAAGAACAAGGCAGCUGUGAUGGACGUUCUUCAUCUAUCAUUGACAGCAUCAUUGGAUGUGUUAAAAUACGCUCCAGAUUUAGAGGCGGCAACAUACUGCUUAAACACUCUUCAUCUAAAGCAGCUUUUCAAAUACUUCACAGCGCCGUCUUCCGAAUUAGACUGGUCUAUACUACGUGUAGCCUUGACGAUUUUAGACGUAUUUUUAUCCGCUGUCGAAAAGUUCAAAGAGAGCCAGCAGAGUCUGCAGAAGCAAGACAUUUCUUGCACUUAUUUCUCAAUGGCUAAAUGCGUCUUAUCACUUCCGACAGAAACGCUCAGCCUCACGAGGGCAGCUACAGCUGAUAUGACUUGGUGUAUCAGACAGAUCAUCGUAUUAUCGGCAAGAAUGGGCAUAGGCUUCAUUAAUGGCGGCUUUUUGACAAUAUCUGACCUGUUCAAGCCUGGCAAAUGGUGCCUGUUCCCGGACCAAUUACACACAAUGGAUCCCCCACAUAGGCAGCAUUGUAUGAUGUUCAUAUCAUCGCUCUUGGAGCACAGAUUCGAUGACUUUUCUGGCGUUGACUUCAACAUAUUUGAGGUAUGGGCUCUAGCAUUGGUCACGCCCCUCAAAUAUUUGAAGUGCGAAGGUCUCUUCGGCAUACAACACUACUGCCAUGCUGAAGGCUUCGCUCCUCCCAAGAUGGCCGAGUCGAGAGCUCAACCGAGUUAUAAAUCAAAUCUACUCUUAUUUGAGUUUGCCGUUACAUCGAUGCGCAAAAACAUUCGCCGCGCAGAUUCCAGACUUAGGCGCGCUUCUGAUCUAGAAUACUCCAAAACACUCAAACAUGUGAUGAAACAGAUGCGCAAUGACUUGAGCUUGGUGUACGGAGACACUUCACAACAUCAGCGGUUUGUUACCUUCGUCCAGCACAUUGUAUCAUCGAUCAAGGCGCACGGGUCAGAUAUUUGCACGAUUGACAACUUCUUUCUCCAGGUCAGCGCGGUAUACUCUCCGCCUAUUCAAGACGUCCAACUUCAGAUUGCAGGUAUGCUCUCGUAUGGCAUUCGCAUAGAAGAAGGGGAUUCUAGGGCAACUCACGAAUUGUUUUUUCUCAUGUUCAACAAUUUCAAACACGCCCUAGUAAAUGGAAAUCUUACCCGUGAUGUCCGUAUGCUUCGGAGAGGCAUGAAGCAUCAGAGCAUACUGGCUUUUGUGCUGGGAAAGAUGCUGCCCGCCAUCCUCAGAGUCUCAUUCAUGGAUAGCUCAUCCUUUGCCCUGCUGGAUGUAUAUGCUGAAGCUCUGCACUUACUACUAAGUGGGCGUAUAUUGUCACGGCAGCUUGAUAACAACGAUCUCCCCCAUGUGGUCGUUACCAUGCGAGCUAUUGUGGAAGGCAUGAGAGUCAUGCGCCGCGGGCAGAGAGUCCUGAAGAUAGAUGCCUUCUUGAAUUAG